CCCCCCCGUUGCUUGCGUCAAACUCAACUCCACUUCUCGUCCGCCUCCCCCUUCUCUCUCCGCAUCUGCUGCUCUGCUAGCGUGCGAUCGCCGCGGCGGCCAGCCAAAAUCCGCCAUGGAUGAGGAGUACGACGUGAUCGUGCUGGGCACGGGGCUCAAGGAGUGCAUCCUCAGCGGCCUCCUCUCCGUCGAUGGCCUCAAGGUUUUGCACAUGGAUAGAAAUGACUACUACGGAGGAGAUUCCACCUCCCUCAACCUGAACCAGCUCUGGAAGAAGUUUAGGGGGGAAGAAAAACCGCCGGCACAUCUAGGUGCGAGCAGAGACUACAAUGUAGACAUGGUUCCAAAGUUUAUGAUGGCGAAUGGAACUUUGGUUCGUACUCUCAUUCACACUGACGUGACGAAGUAUUUGUCAUUCAAAGCUGUUGAUGGAAGCUACGUCUUCAGCAAAGGGAAGAUUCACAAGGUUCCUGCAACUGACAUGGAGGCUCUAAGAUCUCCUUUGAUGGGCUUAUUUGAGAAGCGCAGAGCAAGGAACUUUUUUAUUUAUGUCCAAGAUUACAAUGACGCUGACCCAAAAACACAUCAAGGAUGUGACCUUACAAGAAUGACAACUAAAGAAUUGAUCGCGAAACAUGGAUUGAGUGAUGAUACUGUAGAUUUCAUUGGUCAUGCACUUGCUCUUCACAGGGAUGAUCGCUACCUAAAUGAGCCAGCGAUUGAUACUGUAAAAAGAAUGAAACUCUAUGCUGAGUCGCUUGCAAGAUUCCAAGGAGGCUCACCUUAUAUUUACCCAUUAUAUGGAUUGGGUGAGCUGCCACAGGCUUUCGCACGUCUAAGUGCUGUUUAUGGUGGCACUUACAUGUUAAAUAAGCCAGAGUGCAAGGUUGAAUUUGAUAUGGAAGGGAAAGUGUGUGGUGUUACAUCAGAAGGUGAAACUGCUAAAUGCAAGAAGGUUGUGUGUGAUCCUUCUUACUUGCCUAACAAGGUUAGGAAGAUUGGAAAAGUUGCACGUGCAAUUGCCAUUAUGAGCCACCCAAUUCCAAAUGCGAAUGAAUCCCACUCGGUUCAGAUUAUUUUACCGCAAAAGCAACUUGGCCGCAGAUCAGACAUGUACGUCUUCUGUUGCUCGUACACUCAUAACGUCGCGCCAAAAGGGAAGUUCAUUGCGUUUGUGUCUGCUGAAGCAGAGACUGAUAAUCCACAAUCUGAACUAAAGCCUGGAAUUGAUCUACUUGGUUCAGUAGAUGAACUGUUUUUUGAUAUGUAUGACAGAUAUGAACCAGUCAACGAACCAUCUCUUGAUAAUUGCUUUGUCUCAGCGAGUUAUGAUGCUACUACUCACUUUGAGACAACUGUGACAGAUGUUCUUAAUAUGUACACAAUGAUUACUGGAAAGACUGUUGAUCUCAGCGUUGAUCUCAGCGCUGCUAGCGCUGCUGAAGAAUACUAGAUCACAUCAAACCCAGCAUUUCUUCAAGACACCAUACUUUCUGGAGGAACACCAGACUCCCAGUGCGUAUAAUCUCAGGUUCAGCUGCACAGUGCAUAUGGGUUCAUCUCCAUGCCUGCUAGGAGUACUGUGCAAAAUCUGUUUGUGGAAUAGUGGUGGUUUCCUUAGUUACUUCCAUGUGGAUCGACUGGUGUAAACAGCAAACUGUGUAACAUUUUACUUCCUCUUGGUGAUGUAUUUUAGACGUAUUAUUGGUCUCACCGAGGCCAACGUGGUUUUAUUUUACUAUAUGCUUGAUUUUUUUUC